AUGUUUAGUCAACAACAACAACAACAGAUGAAGAGGCAAAAAUUGAGCAGCCAACUAUCUAAGCUUCCUCAAGAACUAAUCGAACUUAUAUUCUACUACAUACCUGAUGAUUAUAUGGAAACGUACAUUGAUUUGCCAUUCAUAGGAAAGUAUGCUAUCAAUAGGCUCUACGGAUAUAUAGACAUUAUAUCUUCCGAAUCAGGGUUAUGGGAGGAUCGUGGCCCAAAAGUUUAUGAAUCUAUUUAUAAACUGAUAAUUAAUCCAAAGACUCUUAUUCAACGUAUCAAGGAUGGUAAUAAUGGAGUUUGUUCAUAUAAGCGAUGGAGAGUCAAUCAAUUUGUUCAAUUUUGUAAAACAAAUAUCGCAUUUAGACCUAAGAUUGUGCAUUUCACGCUGACAGAACAGUUGGGUUGGCUCCAUGAACAUUAUCCUCAAAUUCUAAAUCAAUUGCCAAGAAUCGAUGUUUCAACGCCCAAAUACAGUCUGUACAUUUGGCAAGUUGGUGAUUUCCCGAAAGAUUACUUGCACUUAAUUUUGGAAAACAAGCUCUCUGGUGAUUCACUUCUUUUUAAACCAGGCUGGGGUGAAAAUGUCAAAGAACUUGAAUUAUACACCAUUGGCACGGAGGAGCUCCCUACGUUAUUUCCAAACUUACAAAGAUUAAGACUUGCCUUCGUGGACUUGUCGAAGCAACCAUUGCCGAACUUGCCAUCAAGUUUAAAGUUCUUGCAACUAACCACGUAUACAUUUGACAGAUUGGAUGUUUCUUAUCUAGAAAAUUUGAAACAAAUCGUGGGUGAAUCUUUAGAACCCUUGCAUAGAUUGGAUAGAUUCAAAUUCCCUCUUGGAAUCGAGCGGAUAUUUGUAAGGGGAGCAACGACUGACAACUCCGGAAUAAACAUAGAAAGUUUGGAUAGUAUACAACUAUACGCUAAUCUAAAAGAGGUACGGAUUGGGCAUCGUGACAUAUUUAGGAAAACCGAAAUAUUUUCAAAAAGAACUACCUUCCCUGAAAAUUUACAAAAACUUGAAAUUAGUUUGUCUCAAUCUGACAAUAACACCGAUAGUAAUGUGCCAUUUGCCACCGUGGGGGAGAAUUUGCAUGUCCCGAAUAACUUAAAGGCUCUACUACUCAGUACCUCGCAAAUUAACUAUCUGCCCGAGCAAUUGGUGUUGCCUAAGUCAUUAAAGGUCUUGUCAAUUUUAAGUCAAAUGAAAGGGUCUGAAAAAGAAGAGGAUUGGUCUUCCGUAACAUUCCCUACUGCUCUACUUGAAUUAAACCUUCUGCUUGCUAGAAUAGAAGGUAUCACAUUCCCCAACUGGUUGCAGAAUCUACAAAUAACUACAGGUUAUCCGAUUCAACCUAUGAAGUUCCUUGAAUUUGAAAAUUUAGUUCAGCUUAAACUUGGCUGGUUUUUCAACGACGAAUUUGUAUUUAAAUUUCCACCCAGCUUGAAGAUUUUGGAAGUAAAUAGUAAUAACACUCUUAAGAAGGUCAAGGUUGAAGCUGCAAAUUUGAAACUGGUGCAAUUUUCAACGAGUAGCCUUGUGUACUUAGGUGCUUCCACUUUUCAGCUGCCUGAUUCUGUUGAUCUGCUUUCUUUGACUAUUCAGCAGGGUAUUGUUACUGCUACAGCAAAUGUCUUUCCCCCAUUGUUAAAGGAACUAUAUUUAAAACUGUGCAAAAUAACAUCUGAUAUCUUAGGGGAACUUCACUUAGAAGCUUAUAAAAAACUUGUGAAAUUGGAUUUACUGAAUAAUAUGAUUUCUCGGUUAGAGAACAAUACAUUUCCAAUAUCCAUAGAAUAUUUACGAAUGGAUGACAAUCCGAUUUCUAUGUUUUCGACACCUGAUGUAUUUAUGGAACUAAUAAACUUACGGGAAUUGAGUAUGGCACGUAAAUUAAUAAUGAUUAUGACCAGAUCUAGGUUUUGGUGGAGAAGUACGCACCCCUCUCAAUUAGCUAGUUAUUUCCAAUCAGACGAUCAGAAUACGUUAAAUUUUCCAUCGUCUUUGAUAAGUUUGAAUCUUGCUAAUAAUUGUUUACAAAAGGGAAUGGUUGAAAAACUCAACUUUCUGACCUGCGGUCAACUUCAGGAAUUGAGCUUGGAUGCAAAUUGGGAAAUGACAGAUGUCCAAAUUCUUGUAGACCAACUAAAACUGUCGAGUCCUGAUAUGGUUGAGCUACUCUUGGAUCGCCGACUUCGAGAGGAGGUCAAUGAAGAAGGAAUUAAUUUCUUGAGUUUUUCUUAA